AUGCCUCGAUAUUCGCGAGCAACCAUCGCAGCUUUAGCGACCACAGCAACUGCUGCAUCUCUAUCCGAUUUAUGCACUGUAACCAACGUGCAGGCUGCCUUGCCCGCGAAUGGUACCUUACUAGGCAUUGACUUGGUCCCAUCAACGGUUACUGCAAGUGCUGUCUACAAUGCAACAACUGGCGGCGGCAUGAUGGGUGGCGGUAGCACGACAAGUUAUACCUACUGUAACGUGACCGUCACUUACACGCACACUGGCAAGGGUGAUGAGGUCGUUGUCAAGUACGCGUUCCCCAGCCCUUCUGACUUCCAGAAUCGCUUCUAUGUCGCCGGUGGCGGAGGCUUUUCUCUGUCGACUGAUGCGACUGGAGGUCUUGCCUAUGGUGCCGCUGGAGGAGCUACCGAUGCGGGAUACGACGCUUUCGAUAACAGUUACGACGAGGUAGUGCUUUAUGGAAAUGGAUCUAUCAACUGGGACGCCACUUAUAUGUUUGGUUAUCAAGCCCUUGGCGAGAUGACUCUUGUCGGCAAGGCUAUAACAAAGGGGCUUUACGGACUAUCAAGCGAAAGCAAGGUCUACACUUACUACGAGGGGUGCUCCGAUGGUGGACGAGAGGGCAUGAGUCAAGUCCAGAGAUGGGGUGAGGAGUAUGACGGUGUAAUUGCUGGUGCCCCUGCAUUCCGCUUCGCGCAACAACAAGUUCUUCAUGUGUACUCGUCUGCUGUAGAGCACACAUUGGAUUACUACCCACCUCCGUGCGAACUGGACAAGAUUGUCAACGCCACAAUCGCGGCUUGUGAUCCUCUCGAUGGACGAACGGAUGGCGUUGUGUCUCGCACUGAUCUCUGUAAACUCAACUUCAACCUGACUUCGAUUAUCGGUGAGCCUUACUACUGCGCGGCGGAGAACAGCACUUCUCUUGGAUUUGGUUUCAGUAAGCGCCAAGCUGAGGGAAGCACAACUAGCUACCAGCCCGCGCAAAAUGGCACUGUGAGUGCCGAAGGAAUCGCAGUUGCGCAGGCUAUCUACGACGGCGUCUUCAACUCUCAAGGGCAGAGAGCAUAUCUCUCCUGGCAAAUCGCGUCUGAGCUAGGGGAUGCUGCUACAGUCUAUAACUCUGACACAGGAGCAUGGGAACUCAGCAUUCCGUCUACUGGUGGAGAAUAUGUUACGAAAUUCGUGCAGCUUUUGGAUCUCGACAACCUUGACAACCUCGAUAAUGUUACGUACGACACUCUGGUCGAUUGGAUGAAUACGGGCAUGAUCAGAUAUCUGGACAGCUUGCAGACGACCCUUCCCGACCUCACUCCCUUCCAAUCUUCCGGUGGCAAGCUUCUUCACUAUCAUGGCGAGUCCGACCCCAGCAUUCCUUCCGCAUCGUCAGUGCACUAUUGGCAAUCUGUCCGAUCGAUCAUGUACGGUAAUUUGACCGACGAGGAGAGUCUGUCUGCGCUGGAGGACUGGUACCAGUUUUACCUGAUCCCUGGCGCAGCUCACUGCGGCACAAACUCGCUCCAGCCAGGGCCGUACCCCCAGAAUAACAUGGAUAUCAUGAUUGACUGGGUUGAAAACGGCGUGAAGCCCACCCGCCUGAACACGACGGUGUCUUCGGGCACUUAUGCCGGCGAGACUCAAAUGCUUUGCCAGUGGCCAACACGCCCUCUCUGGCAAGGGAACAGUUCUUCAUUCGAUUGCGUCAACGACGAAGCAUCGAUUGAAAGUUGGACCUACACUUUCCCUGCAUUUAAGUUGCCAGUAUACUAG